AUGUCGGGAUUUUCGGGCUUUGGAGGUGGUUACGGUCCGCCGCAGCCUCCUCCUGGUGGAUAUUACCCCCCGCACACACAACCUCCUCAUCCCCAGCACCCUCCGUAUGCUUCCUACUCUACACCGGUACCGCCACAGUUCGCUUCACAACAUGCGCCGUACGGCUAUCCACAGCAACAGCCAUCACCUUUCGGGUUUGCAUCCCCGAUGGCUCCCCAUCCCUACCCGGGCCCCUAUGCCAACCCUUCACCACACCCAAGCCAAGGGAGCCCAACCUCCAUGCCUCCUCAGCAGCGACCACCACAACAGCAGCAACACCACCCCGACGAUCCCCGACUUCUACAUUCCCCAGGCUCACAAGCGGGAAGUCAGAGUGGCGCGCCCUUACCUCCCAUUGGAGCACAACAGUUCGGACAUGGCGCCCCGCCAUCCUACCACUACCAGUAUUCUAGCUGCACGGGCAUCCGCAAGGCCCUCCUGAUAGGUAUAAACUACUUUGGCCAGCGCGGUCAGCUGAGGGGGUGCAUCAAUGACGUGCGCAACAUGUCUGCAUAUCUCGCCACGCAUUUUGGUUACAAAAGGGAAGAUAUGGUUAUUCUCACCGACGACCAGCAGAACCCUCUUAGCCAGCCGACCAAACAGAACAUUCUACGGGCCAUGCAUUGGCUUGUCAAGGACGCCCGACCUAAUGAUGCGCUCUUCUUCCAUUAUUCUGGUCACGGAGGUCAAACGAAGGAUCUCGAUGGCGAUGAGGCGGGUGUCCGACUUACCGCAAUCUUCGAUUCGUGCCAUUCGGGAACUGCACUCGAUCUUCCGUAUAUCUACUCGACGCAGGGUAUUAUGAAAGAGCCAAACCUCGCCAGAGAAGCUGGUCAGGGCUUGCUCAACGUGGUCUCCUCCUACAACCAAGACGGCAGCAUCAGCGGUGCUGCAAGCGGGAUUGCCUCAGCCUUCAAGAGAGCCGCGACAGGCCAGGACGCUCACGAAAGAUCCUUGAUCACAAAGACAUCACCCGCCGAUGUGGUGAUGUUCUCCGGCAGCAAGGAUAAUCAGACAUCCGCCGACGAGAACACCGGCGCGAUGUCUUGGGCCUUCAUGUCGGCUCUGAGAAAGAACCCCAGCAAAGCUAUGUCCAACUACUCAACAGUAUCCGCGACGAGCUAUCUACGCGCUACACACAGCGUCCCCAGCUCUCGUGCAGCCAUCCUCUUGAUACCGACUUGA